AUGGGCUGCAACAACAGCAAGGUCAAUAAUAGACGGAACCAGAGGGUCUUCAUCAUAAAAUCCAUUCCUUCCAGAAUUGUUGCUCCCGUAAUCGAAAAGAAAAAAAGCAAAAACUCCAAUAAAGAAUUUGUCAGCGAUAUAAUUAAGCUGCACUCUGUGGAAGUUAGUUUUGCGAUGAUUGAUAAAAACCAUGAGCAUACGCAAGAGGAAAAGUUCAAAAACGAAAGAAAAGGCCAUAAGCGGAUUGGCAGCUUAAUUAUGAGAGAUAUUGAUCAAGCAAUAGAUUCUGUAACAAUGUCGAUUGGAAAAACCGAAGUAUAA